GAGCAUGAAUGAGGCAGUGACACGUGAUAAUCGCGACACACGAAGCUCGUUUCCGUUCUUUUCUACUUUUAUUUGUCCACGUACAAACAAUCACGCGUUCAUAAAGGAAACACACAUACUGAUUCAUGAAGAAAAUGAAUGAAUGAAUGAAUAUAUGAAGGAGCAGAAAACAGCGUUGACACUGACCAAUCAACGACAAGAAGAGAGGACAGACAGGAGGUCUCACUCUGUGAGAAGUAAGAAAAUCUAUAAUUGAUUAUUUUUAAAUCAUCCAAUGAAUCGAAAGAGUCAGAGAAUCAAAUCUGAGUCACGUGAUCGCCGUCAUCAUGGUUUUAACUGUGUGUGUGCGCGCGCGUGGAGUCAGUCAUCUCGCCCGUAGAUGGCGAUAGCGCCCGAUCGUCGGCGCUAUCGUAGCGGCUAAAGCUAAAGCUAAGCAGCGGCUGUAGCAGAGAGAGCCGCCCGCGCAGAGGAUCCUCUUCCCCGGUAUGAAGCCUGACUGCAGCGGCGUCAUGAGCUCCAUCGUCCAGAAAAUCGCUCGGCAGGCGCUCGUCACCUUCCGUAGCCCGCCUCGGCCCGCGGAGGACGCCGGGAUGUCGUUCGUGGAGAACCUGGGCAAACUGAAGAACCUGAUGACGGAAGUGCGAGCCGCGGACCUGAAGCUGGUCCCGCGCAGAGCCGUGGACAGCGCGGCCGGCGUGGCCGCUCCGCAGCGCGGCUGCCCGCACGGCGCGCCCCCGGUCACAUACAUGCACAUCAGCGAGAGCGAGCACUUCAGUAUGGGAGUGUUUCUGCUCAAAAGCGGAGCCUCCAUCCCGCUGCACGACCACCCGGGGAUGCACGGAGUCCUCAAAGUCCUGUACGGUAAAGUCCGGAUCAGCUGCUUCGACCGACUGGAGCCGCUGCCCGCCGCUCAGGUGGGCGCUCUGCGGCGCUCCGUGCUCCGCUCCACCGGGGAGUUAACGGAGGAGAGCGGCCCGUGCCUCCUCUCUCCGGACCGGGACAACCUGCACCAGAUCGACGCCGUGGACGGACCCUCGGCGUUCAUGGACAUCCUGGCCCCGCCGUACGACCCGGACGACGGCAGAGACUGUCACUAUUACCGAGUGAUGAUGGACUCUGAGGCGGAGCUCGCGGGGAAGGAGCCGCAGGAAGUGUGGCUCAUGGAGGUCUCACAGCCGCCGCACUUCUGGUGCGGAGCAGAACCGUACCCGGGUCCGGAGGUCUGUCUCUGAUCCGUAGAUCGGGGUCAUAGGUCAACUGUGGACUUUAUACUUGACCUGAAUGUAAAUGAGUCAUCAGGUGACGUCACAGUCCCUUACCUGCUGCUCAGGCGAAAUAAAAGCAGCUGUGCGGAUUCAUGAGGAUCACGUGCUUCUCUGGUAUUGAUGAUUGAGUAUUGAUCAAUAAUAACUCCUGCAGAUCUUCUGUAGUCAAUAGUAAUGAUUGAUUGAUGGAUGAUUGAUUGGCUGCUGCUGCUGCAGGUUGGGGUCAGAAUCAGAAUCUUUGCUCCUUCAUCUUCACUUUUCUGUCUCAUCAUUUGAAUUUGAGUCACCAUGUGUCAGCGUAUUUAGUGCUUAAAGGGUUAGUUUUGCUAUUGUCACACUCACAGUGAGCGCCCCCUGCUGCUGAGAACCAGCCUGACACUCGGGUCGUAUUCACACCUAAUCGUCUCCGCUCGACUCCGCACGAUAGCAACGUUCAGCUGCUCUGUUUGCUUUUGAUAACGUGUUCCCCUCCUCGCCUGAGGCGGCGCUGCAGCAAGAAUGACUGAAGGAGACAACCAAUUAUUUUAAUGCAGGACAACUGGGCUAUCGUUCUACACGCGCAUGUUUACCCACAAUGCCUUGCAUUGUAGUCGGCUUCCUGCACUUGGUUCACUUGAAGCGAACCCAGACGUUUGUUUUAGGCGGAGCGGAGUUCCGUUCAUUCACAUGUCCACAAACGGAAGAGACUUCAGACGCUCACUCUCAGUGAAAUCUACCAUAUCACGUUGAUGUCUUUAUGUCUCUGUUGGACAGUGUUGACGUCUUUAUGUCUCUGUUGGACAGGGUGGAUGUGGGACAGCAAAAAAGCUGAACUCCCUUUAUUCAGAGGAAACAUAAAAAACACUGAAUUAUUCAGGCGACAAAGCUUCCUCUAAACCAAACACAAUGAGUUAACUAUUCCCCUGUGGCUAAUGCUAAGCUAACUAUUUCCCUGUGGGUAAUGCUAAGCUUACUAUCUCCAUGUGGCUCGUGCUAAGCUAACUAGUCCCCUGUUGCUAAUGCUAAGCUAACUAUCCCCAUGUGGCUAAUGCUAAGCUUACUAUCCCCAUGUGGCUAAUGCUAAGCUUACUAUCCCCAUGUGGCUCGUGCUAAGCUAACUAUCCCAUGUGGCUAAUGCUAAGCUAGGUGCUCUCCUGGAGAUGAGACUAAGCUAUUAACGCUUUGUGUUUUAGCUUUGACUUUUUUCCUUCAGUCAUGAAAUGAAAAGUUAGCAUUGUUUGAUGCUAACACACACUCUGACCGUAGGUGAGAGGGUGAGAGGAGGGUGAGAGUGGACACUUGUUUGUGUCCAUAUGGCCCUGUGAUGGACAAGUCACCGGUCUUUCACCUUGUAUCAGCAGAGAUUGGCACAGUGCCCCCUGUGGCCCUCAUGUGGAGGAUUAAGUGGUAGUAGAUGAAUGGAUGAAUGUUGCUAACACAAGUCAGAUGUUUGACACUGAUUUUGUUUACUUAAAAAAAACAACUUAAUCUUUAACAUUCACUGUUUUAUCUUUAUAACAAUAAUUAUGAUUGUUGUUAUAUCUUUAGAAUGUUGUGAAAAAUCCACAGUAUGGGGUGUGGCCCGCUGGUGGACACUGGAAUAACUGCAGAUGAGCCACAAACUAAAAUUAUUGAAAUGUUUUUGUUUUUUUUCUUUUAGGUAAGAUAAUAAAAUCUGUCUAAUAAAACUAUGAUCUCUGAUUUUUUUUAUUCUCUUGAUUUAUGUUGAUGUUGAAUUUCACAGGUCAUGAUGAUGAUGAUGGUGUGGGCGGAGCUUGUGUGAUAUUAAAGUGAACCAAUGAUUAUUUCCCUAAAUAAUCAUUAAUGAGA